AUGCAUGGUGUAUGCGCACGCUUUAGGCCUUUGAACUCAAAAGAGAAGCAAAAUGACAAUGACACUGUUUGCAUUCGGAGCAGAGAUACAGAAACUUUCAUUUUCAAGGACGAAAAGGACGAAGAAUCCGUGUUUAGCUUUGAUAGAGUGUUCUACGAACAGUCUGAGCAAGCUGAUGUCUAUCAGUUCCUAGCUCUUCCCAUGGUUAGGGAUGUUCUUGAUGCAUUCAAUGGGACAAUUAUCACUUAUGGCCAGACUGGAGCUGGGAAGACAUAUAGUAUGGAGGGACCUGGUAUACUUGAAUGUGGUGAAGAGAAGAAGGGACUUCUUCCAAGAGUUGUAGAAGGACUUUUCGAUUCCUUAAACUCUUACGGUGAAGAGAAAACAUAUUCAAUUAAAUUGUCAAUGGUUGAAAUCUACAUGGAAAAAGUAAGGGACCUAUUUGAUUUAUCAAAAGAUAAUAUACAAAUUAAGGAGAGUAAAUCACGAGGAAUAAUUUUGCCUGGCGUUACAGAGACUCUGAACAGGACGAGGUCCGGAAAACUAAUUCUAGUGGACUUGGCUGGGUCAGAGAAAGUGGAGAAAACAGGAGCUGAGGGAAGAGUUCUAGAGGAAGCCAAAACCAUAAACAAAUCAUUGUCAGCUCUAGGAAAUGUAAUAAAUUCUCUUACAUGUGGUUUGCAAGGAAAAGCAAGCCAUAUCCCUUAUCGUGAUUCCAAACUCACACGAAUUCUUCAGGAUGCUCUUGGAGGAAAUGCUAGAACUGCAUUGCUCUGUUGUUGCUCACCCAACGCUUUUAAUGCAUCCGAGAGUCUGUCUACUCUUCGUUUCGGUGCAAGGGCGAAACAUAUAAAGGCGUCGCCUCGUGUCAAUUACAGUGAACACAAAUACGACACAAAUUUCAGUGCUGCUUCCCCAUCCGGCGACGAGUCAAGUUUUAGAAUUUUGAACAAGUUGAGGGAGAGAUUUAAUGUUGAAGAUGUGAAGUUACUAGAGGAAUUGUUCAUACAAGAGGGCAUUCUCUUUGAUCCUCCGUCAGUUGAAGAUGAGUCAGAGAUAGAAGACCUCACCUUACAGAUGAUAUCCUUGCUGCAAGCAGCCAUGGAAAAGCUUACAGCUACUGUUGAUGAGCUUAAAAGGGAGAAUAGCAUGCUCAGGGCCAAAGUUGACGCCUCCUCGGAUUCUCUAGUUUAUAAGGGAGCAGCGAAUGGUUCCGUUUUUCAGAAUACGAUUUCAGCUGUACAGCCUAAGAAUCACUCCAACAGAAUGGAAACAGCUGACAUUAGCCCUUAUCAAUCUCAAAUGUCGCCCAUCAAAAAUCUUGCUAAGGAAUUUAUAAUGCGAAGUGUAAACUGUAAAGGUUCACGGUGGGUAGCUGAAGAUUACGAGGUGAAGCAAUACAAUCCCGUGGAGAUGCAAGUCAAGCCACAAGCGUGCAAUUCGUCUCAAGGAAAAAACCGUCUCGUUGCUUUUGUAAGACUUCACGUUUGCUAUUUGAAGCAACCAAUUGGGUGUAAAAUACGUGCCAUGGCUUCGAAGAAUGUAGUUUUUCAGUUUGUCUUAUUUUUCAUCUGUUUGGGUAUGACAAAUUCGGCGGAGUUCAAAUACCCAGCAGUUUUCAACUUCGGUGAUUCAAACUCGGACACAGGAGACCUUGCUGCAGGGUUGGGCUUUCAGGUUGCCCCACCCAAUGGACAGGAUUACUUCAAGUUUCCAUCUGGGAGGUUCUGCGAUGGCCGUCUCAUAGUGGACUUCCUAACCAUGGCCACCAACACAUGUAUCCUUCGGAUUCUUACCCUCAUUGCCAUCUCCAUACCUAGUGCCAAAUCCUUUCACUUGGAUUUUCCAGCAGUUUUCAACUUUGGCGAUUCAAAUUCUGACACUGGUGCUCUUAUUGCCGCUGGUUUUGAGAGCCUUUACCCACCAAAUGGACAAACUUACUUCCAAAUACCAUCGGGGAGAUAUUCUGAUGGCCGUCUCAUCAUCGAUUUCCUUAUGGAUGCUAUGGACUUGCCAUUCCUAAAUGCCUAUCUAGACUCUUUGGGUUUGCCAAAUUUUAGGAAAGGAUGCAACUUUGCUGCAGCAGCUGCAACUAUCCUCCCAGCCACUUCAUCAUCCCUCUGCCCCUUCUCCUUUGGCGUUCAGGUGGCUCAGUUCCUCCGAUUCAAAGCUAGGGCCCUUGAAUUGAUCGCAAAAGGUCGGAAAUUUGAUAAGUACGUCCCAGAUGAAAAUAUUUUCGAGAAGGGAUUGUACAUGUUUGACAUUGGCCAGAAUGAUCUUGCUGGAGCAUUUUAUUCAAAAACAUUGGACCAAAUACUUGCCUCAAUUCCGACAAUUCUUUUAGAACUGGAAAAGGGAAUAAAGGAUCUCUAUGACCAGGGGGCCAGAUAUUUCUGGAUACACAAUACAGGUCCUCUAGGAUGCUUGCCUCAGAACAUUGCCAAAUUUGGAACUGAUGCAUCAAAGCUUGACGAACUAGGUUGUGUUAGUUCACACAACCAAGCUGCUAAAACCUUUAACCUACAACUACACGCUCUCUGCACUAAAUUGCAGGGCCAAUAUCCAGAUUCAAAUGUCACAUUCGUUGAUAUCUACUCUAUAAAAUCAAACCUCAUUGCAAACUUUUCUAGAUACGGGUUUGAACAACCUAUAAUGGCUUGUUGUGGAUUCGGAGGUCCACCACUGAACUAUGAUAGUCGAGUUUCCUGCGGGGAAACAAAGACCUUCAACGGAACCACAAUUACAGCAAAAGCUUGCAAUGAUACCAGUGAUUACAUAAGCUGGGACGGGAUUCAUUACACUGAGACUGCUAAUCAAUACGUAGCAUCACAAAUUCUCACUGGAAAGUACUCUGAUCCUCCUUUCUCAGACAAGAUGCCCUUCCUACUUAAGCUCAAGUUCUGA